CGGCGGCCGCUGUGCUGCUGCGCGGGUGUCGUCAUGUCGCCGGUCGCCGGUGUUACUCUUCAUUAUUGAUUUCUGUUUCUCUUCCCGCCGUACAUUUCUGUAAACACGAUGGGCUGCAUUCCCUGCAGAACCCUCCAGCCAGAGGUCGCCCAUCUCAACGCCUGCUAUCCCCCGCCAAAAGCGCUCCUCACCGCAGGCCCAGAAUACCGCCCGCUCGCCCAGGACCUCUCGAAACUCACCUACUUUGCGACAAACAAACCCUCCAAGCUCGCAAAGAUCGGCGAAGAACUCGAGAAGCGUGUCGCCCAAGAAUCAGCCAGAGCCAGCUCGGGCAACCACAAGUACCGUGCCAGCCUCCUCAUCAGUCUUGCCAUCCUCCGCGCCCUCUUGACGGAAUGUAAACGGGACAUCGCUCUUUUCGCCCGGUCCACGCUGCGUGUGAUCGACAGCAGUCUCGAUGUGCGGGUGUACCAGCGCGGAGGGAUUGAUCUCGAGGUCGUCGGCAGGGCUGCUGCCGCCUUCAUCGCGUACACAACGUACACCGAUGGAUCCGCUGUGGGCGUGGAUGACACUCUGACCAAGACAUAUUUUGAGAUCCUGCGCAAGUUUGGCAGCAUGGCGACUGUAAGCUUGCUGGACUCGAGCGAGAAACCGGAUACGGAGCAGCAAAACCGAACGAGGCUUAUCGCACUCGCCGGACUCAACGGGGCAGCCACGUCGGACGCCAUCUUUGCGUCUACCAGAGACUUUCCUCGACAGAUCGAUCUUAUCAUCCCGCCCCUGCUGGUCAACACCUUUGAGGGGCAAAUAUCCGAGCUCAAGCUCGAGAGUGCAAAGAUUGGUAUGGAUGCCAGCCCAUCACCGUUCUUUAGCGAGUUCGCAGCCAAAGGCCCCGUCGCCCAGCGCAGAGCGCCAAGCUUGCAUGCGCAUAUCCCAGGAGAAAAGGGUCCUACCUCUGCGGAUGUCGUAUCUGCCGCUCUCCGCUCGCUUCACUCACUUCUUCAGCAGUGUAAUGUCACCCAAGCGUCCCAGAUCAUCGACCGAUUAGUGAUGUUCCUCGACAAGCAUGGAUGGCAGUAUGCCGAGAGGGACUGUUUUGUCGCAGAGCAAGUGACCGCGUGGAUACCCUUGCAGUACAGAUUUAUCGUCCCCACCCGGCUCGUUGAGGUCCUUAUGGACCUGCAGGACAGAACACCUACACCCAAACACACCUCAGCGCUUGCCAUGGUCACCACUAUCCUCAACUCUACCACUUCCCUCGUUGGGUUAGGCGUCACCGACCUCUUACAACACCUCGUCUCCCUCAUCAUCCGCCGAAUCCACUUUGACCUUCGUGACGCUCUUCUCCCGUCACUCGUACAGUGUGUUAGCAGCCUUGGGACACACAUUUACUAUGCCGACCAGAUCAAUGAUAUCGUCGAAGAACUUGCCCUACGUAUUGCCGAAAUCCCAUCAAGUGAUACCGCUAGAUCAGAGAUUAUCAGGGUAUUGACAUGCUGUAUCUCGGGUGUGAUGAUCAUGACCGAUGCGGCCGAUAACGAUGCAGAGUCGAAACAAGGUAACAAUGUUCCCCAACCGACGCCGAGCACCCCUGGCAGCCCCACACCGCCUAACAAGGGUAAAUUGCCGGCUCCGGCAGAGACGCCGUUUCUUACACCUCUUUUCGAAUACCUACGUCCCCAAGCCCACCGUUCAUCACGUCGCAACCCCAUCUCCCCAGAAGUGUGGCAAGAAACCCUCCCACUUUUAUGCGAGGCUGAUUAUUCGGUACGGUCUACUUAUGCGCGCGCGUUGAUCCUAUUCUUGGAAACUGAGAUGCAAAGAGGCCCAACACCGCGUACAACGCCAGGUAAGCAGAGUGCACAAAAUAGAGAAAAGGAAAAGGGGCCAUCGGCGGAUAUGGCGACGUACAGGUUCUGCCAUGCGCUCAACGCGGCAGUGUACUCGCUCAUGAUGAGUUCUUGCCUCGGCAUGGCAGAUGGGGAUGGGAUCCCUACGGGAGUCCCCACAACAGCGGCAGCUUCGCCAGAAAUACAUACCGACCCUACCGCUUCAGCCGUCACCGUCAAAGAUUCGGAUCCCCCCGUGGCUCUUGCUCCAGAUGUUGGUCCGACCCCAGCCUCUGGCGGAUCUGGAUCUGAGACCGCUACGCCUAACCGCGAGAAGGGCGUGUCUUUCAAAGUCACUGAACCUACCCCUGGCGAGACAGCCACUCAGACGCAAUCCGGAUCGGGCGCCACCACCCCUCCCAAAAGGAAUAGUCGCUCCCAUCGCCCUUCAUUACCUCUCAACAGACUCCAGUCUUACACACACCUUUCUUCAUUUGAUAACGUUGCGACCCCCCUGGACUUUGCUGCUGCCCUUCGUAUCCUCGACGCGAUGCAUAUGGUAGUCCCUGUAGCAGCGCUUGUCACUGGGGCGCCAAUGUUGCUGGCGGUCGAUAGGGAUGCAGGGAACGAGCUUGUGAGAAGACCGGGUGAUGGGAGGGCUGGAGCGUGGGUAUUGGAGAGGAAGAGGGCGAUAAGAGAGCUGGUUAGUUUGGUUUGGAGGAGGAUUGCGGACAGGUGGGGGAUCGUUGAAAUUGAUGAUUUGGCGAACAAGGCUUUGGCUUCCCUCCCUGAACCGUAUCUCAUUCCUCCCUACCCCGUCCCAGACAGUCCGCCCGUCUUCUUAUCUCUUCCUGAAGAACCUGUUUCGUUUAUUCAACACACACUCGAGGGUGAAUCAUCCUCGACCGCAAAACCGCUGUUAGACCAAGAUACCUUGCUGGAUGCGCUCGUGAAAUCACAGACAGUCCAGGCGGCGAAACAGAUGGAUGAAGCUGGAUUGAAGAGGUUGUUUGAUGGGAAAUGGAGUGUAGAACAGGCUAUCAAGGAUUCUAUGGAAAGAUUCUCCUCAGCCAAUCUCCGGCCUGAUGAUGAUUCACAUUACAAUGCGGCUAGUGCAUUACUCAUGAGUAUGAACAAUGCCAGUUACCAAAGUGUCAACGGUCAAAGACUAUCACGGACAAUCGAUGUCACAGACUUGAGAGAUGCUCUCGGUGGACGAGUAGAUACUGUCUCUACCUCUGGUGCACCCUCCAUCGCCUCGUUCGAUGAUUCUUUCCAUUCUCAAUCUGCCCCGCGAUCAAGCUUACAGUCCAGACGGAUGAACAAGGAUUCAGACGUCAAGGAGAUUUUGAAAGAUAUCUUUAAGGAUAAGAAGAAGGGAACCAAAGCACCUAAGGGCAUCGUUGUCAAUAGAGUAAAGAGCGCAAGUGCAAGUGAGGAGGCCAGGACGUCGACGGGGGACGAGAACGGGUUGGGGAUGAGUGGUAUGACUCAAGGAGAUGGUGCCACAGGGCACAAGGUGGUUACAAAUCCACCUUUGGAUCUUUCUUUGGGCCGGCCUGUUGAUGUUUCCAGCAGCAGCUGAGGUGGUUUGCCGCGGAGUUGUUGGUUCUCAAAGUCAAAUCAUAUAGGAUCUUAUUGUUAAACUUAAUCUUUAUGUUAUCUAAAUAACUGUUAUCUUGAUGCAUCAACUGUG